CUCCCUCUUUCAUGAAAGCGGCUGCGGACGGCAAGGUUUUGUUGCUGUUUCCUUUUUUUUUUUUUGCUUUUUGCCUUUGACAACGCGUGUUUUACUCCUUUGACGAUCUCUUUACUUCGAUUGCCCGUCGGUCGCAGCUUUCAAUCCACUCCUUUUGCUCCAUCUCAUUUUCUUUCAUACUCUCCUUUACUCCCAGUAUACUCGAGUACCUAUUGCUGGCCCGCAGCUCCUACUCACUCUCGACCCUGUUGCUUACGUUCGACUGUCGCCUCUCCAAGAUCGGAUUAGAUCAGACCAUAUCAGACCAGGAAAUAUACAGAGAGAUAAUCGGACAAAACAACAUACUGCAGUGUCUUUGCGACUGUCGGCGCGAAUAUUUUUGGAUUAACGUGAUUGAUUUCAUCGACGAUAUUACAACUUUCUUCUACGAUCAUUCUCGAUACACAAUGCUUGUUUUGUAGCAACCGUUAUCCAAGGUCGCUAAGAAUUUGCACGUUCACUCUGUUCACGAUUCGCACGAUUAUUUGCGCCACCAUUUACGAACUGGAAAACAAUCGCGCAUGAACCUGGUGCCAUUUCUACUACCUACUGCACGCUUGUUGUCUGGGGCUGCAUACCCGCGUGGCUGAACAGAUAAUCAAGACUCUAUCUAGUCUUGAUCGGGAUCGGGGGCAUUCUAGAAUUGGACCCUGGGACCCACCGAAUAGGGGAAAAUGCCGUCAAUCGACGUCGCCAUGGCGAGGAGCCUGGGGGAAGGGACCAUGGGCUUAGUGGUAGCCUCACUGCGGCCAGUGCUGGAAAGCAGAGGGAUAACCGAUUCGGCCAACGAUAUUAAAAACAGUUUCAGCAGCUGGGACAACUGUAUGGCGGCCACAUACUGCAAGUGGCCAGUGAUCGCCGUCAUCGUUGUUGUCGGGCUGAUCAUACUCUCGGUGGUAACAUGUCUGGUCCGUUGUCUGUGUCUGGCAAAGUCUUGUUGCUGUGCCUGUUUCUCUUGCCUCAAAUGCUGUGGAAAUUGCUGUGGCUGCUGCGACCCGCCCAGAGGAACACCGCACAAGCACCUGGAUGAACCUUACCACAACGUGCCUCCUACGCAACCCUACCGCUCACAGGCCCCGAUGACAGCAGGGUCGGCUGUGCCCACAUCCGCAUCCGCGCCGACUGCCUUCGCCGCACACCAACCUCCCAAGUACGCAGAUUUCGACAUUAGCAAGAAGAGCUCCGGAAACGAUGAUGCGCUGCCGGCCAUGCCAACAUGGGACGAAUCUGCCACUACGAAGGUCAUGGUGGAGGAAACUGUCGAGUUGGAAACAAUCAAGAAGCCUGCGGCCUCGACCACUAGUCUGCAACAGCAAAGUGCUCCUUUGAUCGGCACUCCAACAGCCGGCCCAGCGAGCCCGAUUUCCCCUACCUAUCGGGGUAGUCCCUACGGCGCCUACGAUGCUGGCGCCCGUGAUCCAUACAAUCGCAACGGCCCUGGCUAUGGGCCGUAUGGACAGGGAUCGGUGCCAUCUCUUGACCAGGGAUAUGGAGCGGCUGGCGCGAUGGCACAGGGGCAAGGGAGGAUAACCCCCAGCAGCAUGAACCCCGGUCCCAGCCCGUAUGGUCCCCGUCCCAGCCCGGGCAUGGGAGGCAAUUACGACGGCUACAACGACCAAGGAUAUGCUGCGGGAAACCCUCCCAACCCGCCUUAUGGUCGUGAUUUAGCCAGGAGACCCUCCGCCCCAGGUAAUCAAGGGGGAUAUGGUUACGAUGACAUGCCCGGAAGGACGCCUUCUGCCCCUCCCAUGGCCAACUACGGCUACAACGAUGGGUCCAGAAACUCUCCAGCACCACAAGGAGGAUAUGGCUACAACGGUGGAUCCAGGAGAUCGCCGGCACCAGAAGGAGAUUAUGGCUACAACGAUGGUUACGACAGCCGACCUCCGCAGCGUGAUCAAUACUCUCCCCUCGGCUCCCAAAAUCCUCCUCCUCAACGCUCUUACACGAGCCCCAUGCCAACAGUCCCAUCCGUGCCUCCUUUAAACAACAACAGCUAUGAUUUGAACUCGGCAAGCAAUAGGCCGCAUCAGGACCAGGGCUAUGAUAAUAGUUAUGGUCACCCCCAGCCACAAUCUCAGCAGAACACGGGUGGUUACAGAGGGGAUAACCGCUCACCUCAACCUUCAGUGCGAUCAAACACGGGCGACGCCUCGUACCCGGGCUUCAAGGCUUACCAGCCCAACACCCAGAAUGAUUACAGGUAGAACACCUUCGCAAGGCCAGUGGCGGCCCAUAUGGCUCUGCCAAACGUAAUGAUCAAGUGUGAUACCCCAUAACUUGCUUUCUCAUGAAACAUCUGAGUACAUUUCCUUGUAAAUUUGUUCCAUGUACGAGUUACAUUUUUAUUCAUCAUGAACGUUGGUUCGUGUAGACACUUGCGAGAUUCUCUACAAAAGAAAGAAAAAAGAAAAAUAAAAAGAAGAAAAAGCCGGGUUCAUGGCUCUUGGGUAAAGGACUAUUUUGAAAAGGGAUGUACCUCGUGUAUCUCGCUCGACUCAUUCGCUUCUUUGUAUAUUUAGACUGACUACAGACUUUUGUAUGCCACGUAUAUCCUGGCUCGAUUUCACUAUAUAUAGCAAAACAUAAUGACUUGAUUAGGCA